AUGCAAUUCGAGCCAGCCCACCAGGGCCGGCCAGGCAGCCCACCAGGGCCGGCCAGACAGCCCUCCAGGGACGGCCAGACAGCCCUCCAGGGACGGCCAGACAGCCCACCAGGGCCGGCCAGACAGCCCACCAGGUCCGGCCAGCCCACCAGGGCCGGCCAGACAGCCCACCAGGGCCAGCCAGCCAGCCCACCAGGGCCGGCCGGACAGCCAGCCCACCAGGGCCGGCCGGACAGCCCACCAGGGCCUGCCCACCAGGGCCAGCCAGCCAGUCCACCAGGGCCAGCCAGCCAGUCCACCAGGGCCAGCCAGCCAGCCCACCAGGGCCGGCCGGACAGCCCACCAGGGCCUAUCCACCACGGCCAGCCAGCCAGUACACCAGGGCCAUCCAGCCCACCACGGCCAGCCAGCCAGCCCACCACGGCCAGCCAGCCAGUCCACCAGGGCCAUCCAGCCCACCACGGCCAGUCCAACCUGGGUUGA